UACACUCACUCCAGGCAGUAAACAAUGAGGGGUGGGUGAGUGAGCAGGCUUGGAUGUGGUCAUCAUCCGUUACUUUGGAUCGAUAGGCCUGAUCCGUUCAGAGAGGCUGCUGUGCGUUUCAGAAGCAGGCCGGACCGGUACAUUGAUCCGUCCAUCCCGCCCGGAGCGGAGUACACAUCGAUCCCUGCUGCGCCGACAGCUUGACUCAGGUCACACUUCAGUGUCACCAUGUGCUCCUCGACCACAUCUGUCUCUUUGCUGUGUCUCCUGGUGGGGGUUGUGGCAGCCAUUCAGACCCCCCAGACAGUGUUUUUGGACAAGCAGCAGGCGAGCUCAGUGAUCUCCCGUCAGAAGAGGAACACCGACAGCAGUGUGCCUUCCAACCUGGAGCAGGCUUGCAUGGAGAGAGUGUGCACCUACGAGCAGGCCAGAAGUUUCUUUCAGGACUCCUACCGCACGGAUAUCUUCUGGGCUGUCUAUGUCGAUGGAGACCAGUGUGCAGAGAAGCCCUGCAAAAACGGAGCCAUGUGUUCGGACAGCGUGGGAGGCUACGACUGCGUCUGCAAGUCGGGUUUCACGGGGGUCCACUGUGAAAAAGAUGAGACUCUGUGCACCCUGGAGAAGAACAAGGGCUGCUCCCAGUUCUGUAAACCAGGCUACACAUCCUACGAGUGCUCCUGUGCACAGGGAUGGAAGCUCAGUCAGUCGGACAGGAAUCAGUGCGAGCCUGCAGUCAGAUAUCCAUGUGGUAAGGUGAGCAGUAUGAUUAAGUGGAAUGAGAGACAGUCAAGCAGCAUGCGCAGCAGCAUUGAAGGGGCUCCCUGUACUUCUACAGAGUGUCCCUGGCAGGCUCUCCUGAAGAGUUCAGAAUCCGCAGGUUUCUGCAGUGGAGUCAUUCUGAAAGAGAACCUGGUCUUGACUUCGGCUCAGUGUGCCAAGAAAUACAGCUCCUUCCAGGUGGUUGUCGGCAAGAGCAGCGUUGUUGGACAUGGAGAGCAAACGCUGUACGUUAAAACAGUUCAUGCCCACCCGCGUUAUGUGGAGGGUCGUCCUGAAAAUGACGUGGCCGUGAUUGAGCUCCGUGACCGCAUCAUUUAUAAGGGAAACGUUAUUGCUGCCUGUCUGCCAGAGAGAGACUUUGCAGAGAGCAUCUUGAUGACAGAGGAUUUCCCAGCCAUCAUCACCGGCUGGAAAAAACCCAACCAGGUAUCUUCCAUCCAAGGCUCGCUCAUCGUCAACCAACUGGGGUACAAGAGCCUACCUCAGUGUCUGGAGAUUAACCCCAACCUGAUGACCAAUAAAAUGGGCUGUACCACUGCCCCAACCAGUGUCGACUGCACCAUGAGCUCCGGCAGCCCUCUGCUCACCCUGUACAGGGGGGUGUUCUUCCUCACUGGGGUGGUCAUUCAGCCGGCAGAUGCCGACUGCGCUCAAGGCUACAUCUUCCAGAAAGUGUCGCGCCACCUUGGCUGGCUGCGACCGCUCAUGGGCUCACGUUAGGUGGGGUUGAACAACAUGGAGGGUAUUGGUUCAGGUAUAUAUGGAGAAAUACAGGCAAAUUAAUCUUAAACACAGGGAAUUGGAAAGAUUUUUGUCUUGCACUUGUAGCUCAGCCUCUUCAUUUAUUUUGUCUCAUAAUAAUACCUAUGUCCUAAAGGAAAAACUAUCUUAACAACCAUAUAGCCUCAGUCUACUCUAGACCACGGCUUGCAAUCUGUCUGCGUGGACUUCCUCAUUUAUCCACAAGGUGGCUCUCUGUUGACAUAAAUAGAAAAGCGCUUGCUGUAUGUAUCUAACAACCAGAGGGCCAGAAGCAGCAAGAGAUGCACUGAAUUAUUCAGCAUGUGUUUUGUGACGUGAACAUACCGUUUAAUAACCUUAUAAGUGAUGUUACUUUUAGCGACUGCUGUACUGGUUGACAUGCACCUUGUAUCACUCCAGGUAAUCACUGUUCUCUAAAUGUAAUAAACUCCAGUAACACA